AUUAAUGAUUCGCUGUCGUUUCAGGUUGGUGAGAUCAUCAGCAGAUUUGAGAAGAAGGGUUUCUCCCUCAAAGGUUUGAAGCUAAUCACUGUGGAUCGCUCUUUUGCUGAGCAGCACUAUGCCGACCUGUCUGCAAAGCCUUUCUUUAGUGGACUUGUUGACUACAUUAUCUCUGGCCCUGUUGUUGCUAUGGUUUGGGAGGGUAAGAAUGUUGUAACUACUGGCCGCACAAUAAUUGGAGCUACCAAUCCUGCUCAAUCAGCUCCUGGAACUAUCCGUGGUGAUUUUGCAAUUGACAUUGGAAGGAAUGUUAUUCAUGGUAGUGACUCAAUUGAGAGUGCUAGGAAGGAAAUUGCCCUUUGGUUCCCUGAGGGCCCUGUUAGCUGGGAAAGCAGCCUGAAGCACUGGAUCUACGAGUAAACUGUUGGCAGUUGAACUCUUGUGUGCUGCUAGUAAUCUAUAUGUCCAAUAUUCAUAUUUGGUCAUCUAUGAACUUGUGAAGUUUUGACUUAUAUUAUGUUUAGAACUAGCUAUUGCUGUCUUUUUCAUCGAGGAACAUGAGAAAUGUUUAUCAGAUUAUUAUUCAAAUGCGUAUCAGAUUAUCGAUUAUGAUUAA